ACAAGUUUCACGUCACCAUCUGUUUUUCCUCCUCUCUCUUUAUACAGUAUAUGAAAAAACUCAACAUGAGAAGCAACAACAAAGAGAAAGAAAUGAAAGGUAUUUCUGAACUUGAAGAAGAUAAGCUGUCUCAAAUGGUCAGAGAUUUUAUUGAAUUGGAUUGUGAUACUUUUCAAGUUGAUGAACUUGUUGAUCAUAAUCCUACUAACUAUCUUUCCUUACAGGAUAUUCUUGGGACUGUUAGUGAUGCUGAAACAGAGAUUCUUGGGAAAAUCUUGUUUUACUGGAGAAAUAUGGUUAAUAAUAUGGAGCCUAAAAAGUUAAGGCAAUGGAUUGUGAAUAGAUUAAGGAUGGAUGAGUAUGAAGCUUCUCUUUGUAAAACUUCUUGGAUCACUUCUGGUCGCGCUUCAGCAUUUCAAUUCACAGGUGAUUAUGAAUACAUUGAUGUGAUGAUGAAAGAAAGCAAUGGAUCAGAAACAGUGAGACUAAUAGUGGAUAUAGAUUUUAGGUCACAGUUUGAGUUGGCAAGGCCUACCCUAGACUACCAAGAGCUUUUAAAUUCUCUACCAUCAAUAUUUGUGGGUACCGAGGAGAAACUCAAUGGCAUCAUCUCUUUGCUUUGUUCAGCUGCCAAACAGUCCCUUAAAGAGAAAGGCCUUCAUGUCCCACCUUGGAGAAAAGCUAGCUACAUGCACUCUAAAUGGCUCUCUAAUAAUUGCAAGAAAAUUGCUUUGUUUGCACCCCUCUGCAUAUAGUUGGAAGGCUAAAUAUUUAGAAAAGUUAUAAAGAGAGAACUAGCUAAUUGUAUCCUUUUCCUCUUUGUUCUAAAGACGGUAUUGAUAGUAGCUAGUAAUUUUCAUAUUGUAUAUCGUCAAAGGUUCUAUUUGCCUCGGGCUUGUUAUGAGGGAUUAGAAGUGCUUGAAAUUUUUUGUUGGUGCACUUAUAAUCUUGUCUAAUAUGAACUUGUUGCUUUUUAUACUA